AGCUACCGUGGACAUGAGUUCCCGUGACUUGGACCUGGUCGCUGUGUGCAGCUUCCUCAAUGAGCGAAGUCUCGACGAGAUCAUCCAGUAUGGAGCCAUCGGUGCUACUUCCGACAGAUGGGCCCACCUUCUCGACGAUAACGACGAAAUGACCGGCGAAUCCUCCGUAACGGGGACCACGUCGGACGAAGCCAGUGACAGUGAGGACCCCCCACCAGCUAUGGUGAUCAGGCAGUACCCCAAGAAGCCAAAGAAGCCCAAGACGGAGCUCCAACGGAAGCUCCAGCAGGUAUACGACAAGAAAAGUCGAAUCAACAAACGAGCACGACAUAACGCAUUGGGGGGAUCAUUCGUCCUGGUCCUCCAGGAAUUCGUGGGGUUAAUGCAGUUCCGCAUCGUUACAACGGAGCGCGACAUAGGCCUACUCUGCCUCGCUAAGAAGAACGGAGUGUUCAUGCCGACUGGAGAAAACACGCAACUUCAGUUGGAGCUCAACCAAGGAGCACUGGAGUGUAUCAAGGUCACUGUGGAGGAUUGGAAGAAGAGGAAGAAUGGAGAGACGGGCAAGUGCUUCUUAAAGCACAUCAGUACGGAGAUUCAACAUCUUCUCGACAAUUUGCUGAUGCUUGGCGAACAGUUGCGAGUAGCUAUGGAGGAGCUGCGAUGGCGACUUGAAGGGAACAGUACUGGGGUGUGGGUGUAGAAUAUAUGUAAAGUAAAUGCGAAUGUUUUAUAUUGUUUUGUUGAGGUA